ACAGACUGGCUGAAAAGGGUUACCGGGGGCUGGUUGGUCCUCGGCUGCAUUAAAGCUGGAGCUGCCGUAGCUGCACACACACAUCCAAGCGUUCCUUCUCUCCCUCACUGCAGCUCCCACCGACGGCAGGUCUACUGGAUGGUGGAGCCAUUUCUUCUUCUUAACACACAGCGGGAUCGGUGUCCGGUCUACAUAAGGGGAUAUAAAACGGACGUACUUCGAAUUUCACCCGUCUACGUCGAGCCGUGUCGGGAUGAUGCUCUGAGGAGAAAACUGCACAGGCUCCCCGGUUGUGUUCAUCCUGAGGCUGCAGUGAACGGAGGGGGGGAUUGCGGUACAAUAAUCAGCAUCAAGGUCUUCUCUGUGAACGGGGACCGACUUCACAAGGGUGAUUCUUGCCCCUGUGCGGGGGGAUCGGCGGAGAAAUAGAUCUAUAAAAAAUUAUGGCCACCCUACUGCGGAAGAUCGGUCUGAUCCGCCUGCACGACCGAGACACCGAGGACCCAAAGCACCAUCAGGGCUCGCUAAAGGGGACCAAGGGGAACCAGAAAAACAACGCCAACAAACACUGUCAGACCGCCAACGAAACCAACAUCCUGAGCACCCCGGAGAUUAAGGCCAGGAAGCUGGACCAGCUCGGCAAGGACAAGCCGUCCGGCAAGGAUAAGCAGGGCAAAGAUGUUGCAAAGGAGAAGCAGCAGACGGGAGGAGGCGGGAGUAAAGCGACCAGUGCCUCCUCGAUACCACCGCUGGCGCCUCACCGGCAACACUGCACCCAGGUCCGGACGCGGAGGCUGAUGAAGGAGCUACAGGAGAUCCGGAGGUUAGGGGACAACUUCAUCACGGUGGAGCUGGUGGAGGACAACCUGUAUGACUGGAACGUCAAGCUGCACCAGGUGGACAAGGACUCGGCGCUGUGGCAGGACAUGAAGGAGACCAGCACCGAGUUCAUACUGCUUAACGUCACCUUUCCCGACAAUUUCCCCUUCUCGCCGCCGUUUAUGCGGGUCCUGACGCCCCGGUUGGAGAACGGCUACGUGCUGGACGGCGGGGCCAUAUGCAUGGAGCUGUUGACCCCCCGCGGGUGGUCCAGCGCCUACACGGUGGAAGCGGUCAUGAGGCAGUUUGCGGCCAGCCUCGUAAAAGGACAGGGCCGUAUAUGUAGGAAAGCAGGGAAGUCUAAGAAAGCGUUCAGCCGUAAGGAAGCCGAGGCCACCUUCAAGUCCCUGGUGAAGACCCACGAGAAGUACGGCUGGGUGUCCCCGCCUGUGUCCGACGGCUGAGUGCUCCGCCGCCGACCCUCCGACACCCCCCCA